AUGGAUUACAGCAACGGUCUUGGCAUCUCAUUUGGCACAAACUAUUCAGAAUUUGAGGAACGCGAUGGCAGUUACGAAGAAGCAAUUGAAUCCGACAACCAUCAUCGAGUUCACCAUGGCCAGCAGAUGGAAGACAGUGGAGAGACGUCAGGAUAUCAACCAUCUUUUGAGUCUCAACUUGCCGAUCCAGAAAUUACUCCCCGACCAAACUCUUCUUACCAAAACCAAUUCACCCCUAUCAACCAAAUUUCAAGUGGUGCACAAGCUCAAUCCUAUGGUCAACCAUAUCAACACAGUCAGCCCAGCACUUCCUUCCAUCCUUUGAAAAACAGUGGACAUCUUCAAGGUCACAUGAACGCUAUUCUUGCUUCACACAACGACUAUGGCCAACCCAUUCCUCAAGCUUUGCAAUUUGGCGCAGAUCCUCAAUUCAAUAAUCAUGGUCAUCCUGAUUAUGGCUUCCAGAGCAUGUCGGAUCAAACUCGAAUGGAUACACAACAUGGCUUUGGAAAUUCUGAUAUGCAACCUCAGAAAUUUACACAGAACAUCAACCAGCAGUAUGUGUCUCCUGCAGGUAUGCAGCACCAAGAAGAUCCUACUCAUUCCCCAUCCAAUAAUCUUCAGACGUAUAGAAAUUUAUACAGGAACCAAGAAGAUUUCACCAAAGUGAGCGAUUGUUUGAGCUUUCAGCCAAAGCCCGGUUCUUUGAGAUCCAGUCGCUUUCGUCCAGUUUAUGAUAACACAAGUCAGGUGCGAAAUCAACUUGGCGACCAAGUGCAAAGUUCAUCUUCUGCAAGACAAGGGAAUAUUUCAAACAAAAACAACAGAACGUCCGGUCGUGCUCCCGGAAAGAAGGGUGGAUCAGCCGAAGAAAGAUACUGGAAUGGAUUCGACACACAUCGCUCAAUGUGGCCUGUUCAAUGUCAUAUUAUCGAAAAUAUCUUACCUGGAUCAUGUAUCUCUCACUUAACUCCGGGCGAGCAAGAAGGCGUCAUUACAAUGAUGCAACGUUUAGGGUUGGACAAAUGGAAGAUUACAUGCAGUGAGGAUAUCCAAAACUUCUUGGAUCAAAUUGAGUCAUUCAAAUCGCAUCUCUACGCGAAACAAGCCCGACUCAGAGCAGAAGCAGGUUUGCCUGAGCUUCCUCCGCCUGAAGAGUAUCAAAAUCCCCAGGGAGAUGAUGAUCCUCCUCUACAAGAUACAUCUUCAUUUCCAGAGGUAUCACCAAAUUAUCUUCUUACCUCCGAUCAUGGAGGACCGAUCUUUGGUCAGGAUCCAAGAGACUAUCGCCUCGUAGGCAAGGGUCACUCGCAUUAUCCAGAUGAUGUGUCUUUCAUACCAGUAGGCUCGGAACAAGAGGUCGUUGCAAGUCAAAAGUUGCCAGCUCAAGAAUUCAACUCGCAACUUCGUCCUCCACCUCUCAUUACCCAACAUUUUCGUCCUCCAACUUUCCAAUCACAUUACGGUAUGCAAAAUCAGCAAGGCCAUCCAUUGGUUCAUCCAAGUGAUCUACUUCAUCCAUCGAUGGAUCAAGGCAUGGAUAGACCUUUGGAUUUCUCGUAUCAACCUGUCGAAUUCAAUGGUGGUCCACCACAGCAAUAUCAUCACGAUGGUUAUGCGAGUCAAACACAGCAAUACCAUCACCACGGUCAACCUUUUGAGUACAGCUCCUUUCAUGGUUAUUCCCCUCGCUCUCUCCAUCUCUAUCCAAGUAACAACGCUGACCAAAAUUCCCAUCCAGCUCCACCCCCAGAAACAAUUGAAGAGUACGAGGAAGACGACGAACAGCAAGAGGAGGUAACAGGUACUGAGUCUCAGUCUCAGACCGCAAAACAGGAACAGAAUCAAGAGCAAUCCGAACCCCCACAACAAGAAAACCAAACCGCAGAAUCCGAAAGCGAACUUGACUCCGACGGUUGGUCUAUUCACGCUGAGGAAAUGCGUUCUCCACCACCAAACAUCUAUUCCAUCCCCCAACCCGCAAAUAUGCCGCCCUCGCCUCCACGACCACCACCUCGUUUUCCGAGUAACGAGAUCAAUCCCUUCGAAGCGAGAAAUAAGCCUCCUCCGAUUAUUGGGCCUGGAAAUCGCGUGUGGAGUACUGCUCCGGGUGCGUUUGAUGAGAAUGGGGUUAUUAGAGAUUGGGAUAUGGCAGAGAGAAGAGAAAUUGUUGAGGGGAACUGCGGAUGCAAGGGGUUGUUUCAUGGGGAUGGGAAGGGGUUUUAUUAUGUGGAUGGUGGUGGGGAGAGAAUUUGGUGUGAUGGGGGAGAAGGGGAGGAUGCUAUGGAGGAAAGUGGAGAAGAGGGAGACGAUGAGGACAAUACUGAAGAUGAAGGGGAGGAAGAUGAACAGUUAAGAGGAGUCCCGACAUGGGUUAAGCAGGCAUUAACUCACGGGCCAGAAUUAGAUAAGGAUGAGGAGAGAAGAAAAGAAGUGGAGUAUCGAGCAAUGAUGGCGAGGAAGGUGAAAGAAAUACUCGCUAGAAAGAAAGCGAAGGAGAGAGGGGAAAUUCCAGGAUUUGGUUUUGAUGGGGAUUUUGAAUCGAUGGAUGUCGAGUCAUUAUUUGAUGAUGCUGAGCACUUUGAGGGAUAUGAUGCGAAUCAAUUCGAUCCAAAGUCAACCGGUAAAGGGAAACGCAAAGCGAGAACUGCUGAUUCAGAGGAGGAUCUCGAUGAAGGCUCACCAGUCAAGAAGUGGAAAGGAAAGGGGAGAGCUGCGGAAUCAGAUGAAGAAUUGGAUGAGCAGGAGGUUGCUAGGAAAUAUGCUAAUAAGGAGAAGAAUAAGGGGAAAGGAAAAGGUAAAGUGUUCGAACUUCCAAAGGAAACGGGAGUUGAAGAUUAUCUGUUUGGAGAUUCUGCAGAAACGGCUCGAUGGGCUGAGGGGUUGGGUCUCCAGCCUCUCGGGAACGAAGAGGAAAUAGAAGAAGAUAAUAACGAUCAUUUCUACGAGAACACGAAUCCUUCACUGGGUGGCUACGACACCACACGAUAUCCCAAUAACUCCGAACUUGAACAUGAAUCCGCCACCGCAGAUCCUGAGCUCGCAGCAACCGGCAUUAUCCUCCCGGCCACAUUUCCAAAUCCCUCCCAUCCCUCUUCCGAAGAAGAAAUCGAAGCCAUCCCCCGACCAGCACCCUACCUCUCUCUCCGCAACCCCGGCCCCUUCAACAUCUUCCAAUCGCUCCUCCUCACCCCCGAAAUAAUUCUCGAAUUCAUGCUUCACCUCUCCCCCAAGAACCUCCUCACACUCUACUCCAUCUGCCGACCCUUCCACACCAUCCUCUCCCACUGGAUGGCGCACGCCAUAAAAUCCAUCGUCAAACACCAAGCCCCCUACUCCUACACCAUCUACCCCUUCUACCUCUACCGCGAGCUCAGCAUCCCCGACCCCCUCGGCACGCUCCACUCCUCCGGUCAAAUCCGCCGCGUCCCCAGCCUCAAAUACCACCAAAUGGUGCUCCACCGCUGCCGCGUCGUCCGCGACAUCCUCGCCUCCCUCGCACGCCACCGUCUGCGCUGUCCCCCCGGUACAAACCACUCCCUCAAAAAAGUCUGGUUCCUCAUGGACCUCUCCACAACCCUCGACCGCGUCCGCCUAAUCCACAACCGCACCUUCUUCACCGACCACGAUCUCUACAACAUCCAACACUUCAUCGUGAAACUCGACAUGCGCCUCAACUGUCCCACCGACGGACCCGGCUCCGAUUUCCUCCGCAAACUGAUGCUCGGCCAGCGGGGUCUCACCCCGCUCUUCCGAUUACUAACUCGAACCGGUUUUACAGAUCUCUACGAACUGUACCAAUACAGCGUACGCUAUUCCUACACUCCCCUCACCCCGGCCCCCGAUCUGCAUCUCGGACUUUUCGACGUCCCCGCGAAUGAAAUCGGGAUCGCGCAUCUUGAGGGCUGGGGAAAAGGAUCCAAACAUCUCAUGCGCAUCGAUGAGCUCGUGAUGCGGGAAGCGACGCGCAGAGAAUUGGGAUUCAAAGAACACAUCAUGAUGAUGUUGCUCUGGGGCUAUGUGGAUCCGCUGACGGGGGAGAAUCUGCAGCCGAGCAGUGAGGAAAUGUAUAUGAGUGAUGGGGAGGGCCAGGAAGCGGAGAGUGAGGGGGAUCCGUGGGAGGGGACGGGGAUGAAUAUGCAGAGGUUGGAACAGGUUGUUUUGGGGAGGGCGGAGGAGAGUGAUGCGGAUGAGGAUGAGGAUGAGGAGCAGGAGGGAGAAGAGGAAUGGGAAGAUGAAAAUGAAUUCGAAGAUGAUCCUUGGCUGUGA